AUAGAUUUAACAUCGAGUGCAAUUGAAUCGAGAAAACGGAACGUUAUUGCCGUAUUAGAAGAAGUCAACUUUAGAUAAGUAUCACAUGAACACAAAUGACUCCUUUGAGCUUAUUGAUUCUUUCAGACACGUUUUUUUAUCACCCGUUUACAGAUUACUUCUUCAUCAAAAAAGGAAAUUCGACUAAAUUACUUUUAGGACUUCGAGGCGACAUGCUUAGAAACGUUUUCAGUUGCUAUAGAAAUUUAUUUUUUAUUUAGUCACCAUGGAGAUUAUCCAACAUUAAAUUCAAUAUUUUCUUUUUUUUAUGAAAAGAAAUUCCACGAAGGAGAAAAUUCUUUGAAAACAAAAAUGGAUAAAAUUACUGAAAAGGAAAUAAAACAAUUGACUGAAGAUUGCCUUAGCAAAAUCAAAUCUGACGAUCUGUAUCGAAUUCGAAACGAUGCUAAAUUGAGAGCUGUGAACUUCUCAAAAACCUACGAUGAAUUCAAGUUGAAAUUUUAUUACUUACAAACCAUUUCCGAAUAAUCUUUUUGUUCAAUCUGAUUCUCUUUUCAAUUUCAGAGACAUUGUUGAUGCAGCACACUUACAGCCUCUAACGCGUAAAGACAAGAUGAACCCACAAACCACGAAAUCUCGUUGGAAUCCAUCAAUCUAAGCUUGAUGUUGUGUUUAUCCAUGGAGUCUGAAAAAAUAUUUUCUUACUUAAAAAUCAAUAAAUUAAUUUUCCCUCAAAUUUUGUGACGCAAUUAACAUAAUCAUGACAAUUUUCAAUUGAGAUAAUUAUCUUGUUCUGAACUUUUAUAACCAUUUAGAUAAGCUUUUAGUUGAUUGUUUUUAAUUAUUAAUAAAGUUAUAAUCACUUAAACUUGAA